AAUGGUAUUGAUUGGAGCUCUCUAUCGAGAUAAGUUUAUCGUGAUAAGCAAAGGAAGAAUACUCAUAUUUCAGCAACCAGGCCGUCACUUGCGUUUAAGUGUUUAAAGUGCCAACAUACCCCCUGAAGCGUAUUCAAACAUCAUGGACUCGACCAUCUCGAGGUUCAGGCUUCUGGCCACUCUGAUCAUUCUGGGACUUGUUGUCCUUCCGUCAGGGAAGGCGUUGAAGUGCUACGUAUGCUCUUUUCCACCUAAUGAAGGAUGUAAAAACCCAUCAUCGGAAUUGUUACUUGACGGACCUCCUACUACUGAUCCACCGUCGAGCUCGGUGAAUCCUUCUACCGAGACGUCAAGCUCGCAGAAUCCUUCGUCGGAAUCGUCGAGCACGCAGAAUCCUUCUACCGGAUCGUCGAGCUCGCAGAAUCCUUCUACCGGAUCGUCAAGCUCGCAGAAUCCUUCGUCGGAAUCGUCGAGCACGCAGAAUCCUUCUACCGGAUCGUCGAGCUCGCAGAAUCCUUCGUCGGAAUCGUCGAGCACGCAGAAUCCUUCUACCGGAUCGUCGAGCUCGGUGAAUCCUUCUUCCGAAUCGUCGAGCUCGGUGAAUCCUCCUUCCGGAUCGUCAAGCUCGGUGAAUCCUUCUUCCGAAUCGUCGAGCUCGGUGAAUCCUUCUUCCGCCGCUGUUUUUCAAAAUGGCAAUGGGAUGCCGAGGGAACGUCGGAGCGUGAUAAACCGUUUCUUCCGAGGAGAAGUAUACGACGACAAAGAAUUGGCGUGCUGGAAAAUCACUGGAAAUGAGACUGUUAUAAGAAGCUACGGACCCCUCGACUUUAAGUGUCCAGAGCAUUUGGAAUGCACAUCCUGCACUACAGAUGGAUGCAAUUCUGCGACGUCCACCGUUCUAUACACGUCGAUGAUUCUAUCUAUGGUCGCAAUUCUAUUAACGACGAAGUGAUGUUAGUACAACGACUCAGCUUUCCGGUAUACCCUUCCAUUUCUCGUCAAUAAAUUUCCUUCGCCUCGUACAGCUGAUAGAUUUUCAUCCGCAUCCUUUCUCGCUUGUACCCUGACCGAGCGACCAUGGGCAACAUUCACUCGUAUACGUUCACGCUCGUUAUCGCUGCAUUCUCCCGGGCCAUUCCCUCGUUCGAAAUGUUCCGCCUCGCGUUCUUUUAGCCACUCGGGAUUCUCUAAACCCAGUCACCCGACAUCCAAACAUACCGGCGUGGCCAAAUCGCGAAGCGACGCCGACCGCACGCGAGGACAAUCGAGCAUUCGCACCUUACAGACCCGAGCACUCGAUCUCCCAGAACGUACAGGCGCCAUCUUGUCGCAGGAUAACGCCGACCGCGCGCGCGUUCCACAGGCUCGCCUGUGACGCGGCUUCGGAAUUUUACCAUCGCAAUCUGUUCUUACAUAAAGCUUCUGCUUCCUUCCUUUCAACCCCUCCCCGAUUUGGUCGCUCCUCGCAUUAGCAGCAUCUUCGACGAUACGAAACCCUGCGGUGCCGGCACUUCAAGGGAAACGGUGUCCUCGUCGCGAGCAUCCAACCGGACUGUCCAAUCUCCGUGUGUCCCUUUUCUACAAUGUAUCCCGCUGUCCGUCAUAAUGGACACUUUCGCUCGCCGUACACGAAGAUCAUUGUACGCGUAAAAUUCGGCGAGAACGAAGAGCUGUAAAUACGAGUAACUCCGAAAGUCAGGCGAAUUUUCGAUGUACGGUAAAAUCCUGAUAACAUAGCGAAUUCAUGUAAUAAAGUUGAUAUUGUAAAUAAGUUA